AUGUCGUCAUUUAUCACAGUUGAAAAGCGACACUUUGAAUAUCUGCUACAACAAGUGGAAGCUUGCCCGUCUCAGGAAAACAACGUUGCAAGCACAGAUUCAGUGACAAUCUCGAAUUCCGAAUACAAACGUUUGCUCCAAGAAUCCGGUCGUUUAAAGAAAUUGAAAGACUCCCUCCUGAAGGGAGGAUUGUCCGCGGAAAACUUAGAUGUCCUGAUUUACGGCUCAACGCUGCAUGAUACACAGCCAAAAGGGGGCAUAGGUCUCCAUGGUUACCUCGAAGCAGCUCCGUCCAGCAAAGGACAUUAUCCUGUGCACUCGAUCGACCAUAAACCAUUUAUUAAUUCCGACGACGAUGACGAUGCCCUUUUAGACUCGCAGGACGGCGAUGAUAAUGAUAAAGACGACUACGAAGUAUCCUCACGAACCACAGGUUCCUUGUCGGACACAGCGGAUCGACGUACCAUUUUGAUCCGUAACCUGGCUGAUCGGGUCACCCAUAAAGAUAUCGUUGAAGCCAUGAGAGGCGGUGCUCUGUUACAUGUCUACCUUCGGGGUCGGGAGCAUACUGCCAACGUUUCAUUUGUUGAAGAGGCUGAUGCUCAAAGAUUUUUCCAACAUGCGAAAUCCUACGGCCUUUAUGUAGCCGGGAGACGAGUGGAAAUCCUGUGGAACGACCGUCAAUUCUACCUGCCUCCAUUUGUUAGGGCUAAAAUCAAUAAUGGGGCUUCAAGAAACCUGGUCAUCUACAAUGUGAAUCCCAAUAUCACAGAGUGGCUCAUCCGCAAGGAUCUCGAGCAUAUACAUAAUUUAAUUGUGGUUUCGGUUAAGUUCAAGAAUAGAAACGCCUACAUAUCUACGAAUUCUGUCCAUAAUGCACUGUUUGCCCGCUCCUGCAUGAUGUCCCGCCUCACCUACAAAGGAAUGAAGAUUGCAUUCUACCACGAUGAAUGCAGCAGCCCUCUUCCCAAAGCUCCCAGUGGGCCAAAGAAGGAAGCUCAGGGGCUGCUCAAAAAACCUCCAGCUCCCAACCGAUUCCAGUUACUUUCCCUUGCCGACGAAGAUGGGAGUGAUAGUGAGCAAAAUCAUGACGGGUUGGACAGUCAUCACAUGAACGAAGGCGUUCCCUGCGCAGACAGUAGGGUAUCAGCUUAG